UGUUACGUUCUAAUUAUUAGCUUCUGGUCGGAAGCAAAUUAUGGGACUCGUCUCUGAAACGUGAAAACCAACGAGGUUCUUUCCGUUUGUUAGUGCCAAUUUGUUUUGUUCUGGAUCAGCAGCCGUUUAGAACUCGUUUCGUUUAUAAAAUGCACGUAAACAUGGAUAAUUCAUACUUUGUAAGACAGGGACUAAAGUUCCAAGAUCACUCCUUGCUUCAGCUCUCUAGCUAGCAGCUAGUGUCCUUUGUGACUUAGAGAUGAUGGCAGAGAGGAGAACCAGCAACGGAGGAGACGUUGUUAUCAAUGUUCCAGAGAAAGAAGGGUCUAUAGGUCCAGCACUAUCACCUUCUUCUCAUGUAGCGGCUUCACCAAACUCAGACACGGGUACUGAGAAACUAGAGCCCUUGACCAUUCCCCUUCCGGAAAUCAACAAGUUAACGUUCUCUGGUAACCUCCAUAAACCGCCUAAGAUUCCAAGUCCAAUCACUGAAGGUCUAACUCGGAGGAGAUCUCUUUCGAGGUCAGUUUACUCCAAGUCCAACUCAAGGUUUGGUCAGUCUUAUCAUUUCGACAAGACUAUUGUCGAGGAAAAUUGUGCAACAACCCCUACGGAGCCGUUUGAUGCUGCUUUGUUUUCAAAGCAUUCUUUAAACAAGGCUUCCCCUAGUAACAAAUCGAAUAAGAGCACUGGCUCAGCAGCCGCGACCCCGAGUAGGGUUGAUGAGGACGAGACGGACGAAAAUGAAGAAAUAUACAAAAAGGUUAAACUACACCAAGUGAAGCGUAAAGGAAUAAGACCUCUAGCUCUUAUUGAGUUGCUAGUUUUUGUGGCUAUUCUUUGCACUUUGGUUGUGUUUUUAACCAAUGAUUCGGUGAAGAAGCAUCGCAUUUGGGGUUUGGAAGUUUGGAAAUGGUGUGUUCUUGUGAUGGUGACGAUAAGUGGCAUGUUCGUGACAAACUGGUUCAUGCAUUUCGCGGUGUUCAUCAUAGAAAGGAACUAUCUCCUACGUAAAAAGGUGUUGUACUUUGUCCAUAGUUUGAAGAAGAACGUUCAAGUCUUCAUCUGGUUCGGUUUGAUUCUUGUUGCUUGGGUGUUUCUGUUCGAAGAUGACGAUCAACACUCUCGCAAGGCCAAGAAGUUUCUCGACUCUAUAACUUGGACUCUCAUCUCCCUUCUCGUAGGGUCAGCCAUUUUCUUGGUGAAGAGAUAUGCCUUGAAAGUUCUUGCUUCAAAGUUCAACGUCAGAAACUUUUUUGAGAGAAUUCAAGAGUCUGUCUUCCACCAAUACGUCCUCCAAACUCUCUCCGGACCUCCGCUUAUAGAGGAGGCAGAGAGAGUUGGACGUGUGCCAAGCACGGGUCACCUUAGCUUCACGAGCAAUGAUGGAACGGUGGAAGAGAAGAAGGUGUUAGAUAUGGGUAAGGUUCACAAGAUGAAACAAGAGAAGGUCUCUGCUUGGACGAUGAGAGUUCUGAUUGAAGCUGUGGGAGCUCCACGUCUCUCAACCAUAUCUCACACUUUAGAUGAAUCUAGCAAUAGGAAAAAGAGAUCUGAUAAAGAGAUUACCAACGAGAUGGAGGCUGUGGCUGUAGCUUAUGAUAUUUUCAACAAUGUUGCUCAGCCAAACUCGAGUUACAUAGAGGAAGAUGACUUGUUGAGGUUCAUGAUUAAGGAAGAGGUAGACCUUGUACUCCCAUUAAUAGAAUGUUCUGAGACUGGAAAAAUCACACGUAAAGCGUUUACAGAAUGGGUGAUUAAAGUUUACACAAGUCGGAAAGCGCUAGGGCACUCACUGAACGAUACAAAAACAGCAGUUAAUCAGGUGGACAAGAUUUUAACUGGAGUCUUGUCCGUUAUCACCUUCAUCAUUUGGUUGAUACUUAUGGAUAUAGCAACAACCAAGUUUUUGGUGGUCUUCUCCUCACAAUUCGUGGGUCUUGCUUUCAUGAUUGGAAGCACUUGCAAAAACAUCUUUGAAUCCUUUGUGUUUGUCUUCGUGAUGCACCCUUAUGACGUCGGUGACCGUUGCAUUAUCGACGGUGUUAUAUUGUUGGUCGAAGAGAUAGAUCUUUUAACUACCGUGUUCCUCAAGAUUGACAAUGAGAAGGUGUUCUAUCCAAAUGCGACUUUGAUAUCGAAACCAAUAAGCAAUUUCUACAGAAGUCCAGAUAUGGGAGAUUCAAUACUAUUCUCCAUCGCGUUCUCAACUCCGGCGGCUAAAAUUGCCACUCUCAAGGAAACUAUAUCAGAAUAUUUAGUGCAUAAUCCACAAAAUUGGUAUCCAAAUUUCCUUUUCCUGGUGGAUGCGAUUGAGAACGUGAACAAGCUGAACUUGAAUCUGAUCGUCACACACACCAUCAACUUCCAACUCUUCGUAGAGAAGAGGCUCAGGAGAACGGAGCUGGUCAUCGCGGUUAAGAGAAUCCUCGAGGAGCUUGAGAUCGAGUACACCUUACUUCCUCAAGAUGUUCAUCUCAUCGGUCACAAAUGAUCAUUUCCUUGUUUCCUUUUGCAUGUAUUAAUUCCACUUGUACUUGUUAUUACCGCAUGAUUUGCUUUGGUUUAACUGAACUCAUGAAACUCGA